AUGGAUGCCGCAAACCACAUCGAGAGUUUUGAACAAGCGAGCAGUCCUGUUUCUACUCAACCUACCGAGUCGUCGGGGACCUCAACAUCAGGGGAAGUGUCUCGUGUACAGUCUUGUUCCACCUCUGUUACGGAUCCUGACGACAGUCGCAUUUGUGGUAAAGACGACGCUUUCGGUAAAUGGCGCCCGAUCGUACAUUUGAUUGCACCUCAGGGCUGGCUGAAUGACCCCUGCGCACCUGGAUAUGAUCACAUCAAUGAUUGCUACCAUGUUGGCUUUCAGUGGAAUCCGGAUAGUCCAGAAUGGGGAAACAUAUCUUGGGGAGCUGCCACCUCUAAUGACCUGGUAUCCUGGAGCGUUUCCCGCGAUCCUUCCAUCAUUCCUACCAAAGACGAUGAUCCAGGUGGUGUUUUCACAGGUUGUCUAUCGCCCGUCGAACUUUACCCUGGCGAGUUGACGGCGUUCUACACUUCGGCCAGAAUCCUACCCAUACACCAUACACUUCCAUACAACUACGGAUCAGAAGGGUUGAGUAUAGCAACUUCGAAGAAUGGCGGGCGGACGUGGGAUCGCCAUGAAGGAAACACGGUUCUACCAGGUCCACCACCAGAUAUGAAAGUAACAGGAUGGAGAGACCCUUUUGUCUCGGCCUGGCCUUCCCUGGCCAAAGUUAUGGGCGAUUCAGAAAACACACUAUACGGCAUAGUUUCCGGUGGACUCCUUGGUCAAGGGCCAACACCAUUCAUUUAUCGCUUGAACAGUAACGACAUCACUGAGUGGUCUUUCCUGUCAUCCUUAAUAUCCAUGCCCCGAAACUUCUCUCCAUCAUCGUUGUGGCCGAUCGAUAACGGGGUUAACUGGGAGGUAACCAAUUUCCUUAGUCUUCAAGAUCCGGAUGAUUCAAGAACACACGACUUUCUUAUCAUGGGAGUUGAAGGGCGGGUGCCUCAAGAGAGCGAUAAGGGCCGCUCGCAGUUCAGUGUUGACCAUGGCCAACUCUGGAUGUGCGGCAAACUCGAAGCACGCGAUGGUCGACCGACGAUGGAAUACCUCUACGGUGGGUAUCUCGAUCAUGGCAGCUUCUACGCCGGCAAUUCCUUUUGGGAUCCAAAGACCAAAAAGCGCAUCAUAAUCGGAUGGGUCAUCGAGGAAGAUCUCCCCAGUGAAUUGCGGAGGCGGCAAGGUUGGAGUGGGCUACUCUCGCUGCCGCGUGUUGUGAAACUGCAAAGACUGAGGGGGGUGGUACAGUCUCUUUUAACUCCCCUACAUGAUAUUCCUUCGAUCAGUCUUGUCCAGGAUGGGGUAUACGGAAGCGACAACGAGCCAACAUUCGAGGUCACAACCCUCUGCGCCGUUCCUGACCGUCGAUUGAGAAGUCUGAGGGGUAGCAUGCAUUCAGUCGAACCAACAGGGCCACAAGCCAAAUGUUUCUUUCCACAAGGAUGCCCAGCUCUAGAGAUGAUGGCAACUUUCGACGUCGGACCCUUGGUGCACUCAGUUGGGGUGCAACUCUUGUUUGCAGGUGACAACGAACCCAAAGGAGUAGUAAUGUUUGACGCCUCGUCCGAGAGGCUCACUGUACAGCGUCACGAAUCAACGACAGAGCCAGGGGUUAUUGUGACGGAAGAGAAGGCGCCACACACCCUUUUUACAUCGGUCGAUGAUUCCGGUGAAGAAAAGAUGACCAGGGAACCUCUGAGCCUACAUAUGUUCUUUGAUGUCAGCGUCUUAGAAGUGUUUGCUAAUGACCGCACGGCAUUGACAACGCGACUGUAUGCAGAUGUUGCGAAAGUGGUGGCAGUUGAGCCAUUUGUAAUUGGCAGCGAUGGCACGACACGAGUCGGCCUGGAUGCUCUGCGAAGCCUUACGUGUUGGGAGCUGAGAAACUAG